AUUUUAAAAUGUGCCGUUUUUAAUAUUGAACAAUUGUGUCGGCAAGUACUCGGUUAACGCAGUUAGGAGUAGCUAUGACUGAAAUAAAAACCCACAAUGGACGCUCGAAGUGGGCGUCACCUUUGGCAAGACAGUGCUUCGUGACAUCUGGAGUUGCAUUAAACAUGAUGAACCAUAUGAUGGUGCUGGGAUUCCCCUCAGCUCUUCUGCCACAACUUAGAGAUAAUCAUUUUAUUGAGAUUGAUGACACCUCCACAUCUUGGAUUGUAUCUGCUGUUGGCUUCGGACUUAUCACUGGCAUGUUAUUGGUGCCUAUUAUUGCUGACAAGUGGGGAAGAAAGACGAUAAAUCUCAUAGCGGCCAUCACUAGUACAUUAGGAUGGGCAAUAAUUUGCUCAGCCACGGCUACACACACGUUCAUAACAGUCAGAUAUAUCCAAAGUGUCGCGAACGGUCUCACCGCGAUCAUAGGGCCAGUUCUAGUCGCAGAGUGUACAAGUCCAAUAAAUCGUGGUGCUUUCUUAGCGACGUUGACCACAUCGUUCGCGGUUGGAAUAUUUCUUGUGCACAUAACAGGAUCAUGUCUGUCAUGGCAGAAAUCAGCUUUAAUAUGUGGUUGUAUAAGUUUUGUAGAUAUCGUCAUAAUAUUUUUCUCACCAGAAUCUCCUUUGUAUUUAGCUAAAAAAGGCAAAUACGAGGAGUGUAAACAUAGUUUUCGAUGGCUUAAAGGCGAUAACGAGAACGAGGAGCUAGAUAAAACGAUAAAGAAAGCGAUAUCGGAAAGAGAGCAAGUGGAUGAAGCACGAAGGUUAUCAAGUACUUUAAAUUGGACGAAGAAAAUUCUCAAUAAAUGUGUUACAACAUUGAAGAGGAGGGAAUUUUACAAACCUGUUAUUAUUAUGUUGCAUCUUCAAGGUAUUAACGUGUAUUGCGGAGUAGUUUUAUUCGACGUCUUUGCUAUAGAUAUAUUGCAUACACUUGUUGGUUCAGACGUUAAUAUUCCAUUAAUAUUGUCUUCAUUGGACUUACAAGCUAUAAUUACAAAUAUAUUAUCAAUACUUCUCGUGAAGAAGUUCAGAAGGAAACGUGUCCUAAUGUUCUGUGUCUCGCUAACUAUCACAGCAUAUCUGUUGAUAUCUGGCUAUUCGUAUUUAAGAAUGGAAAAAAUGUUGCCAUUUGAUUAUCCUAUUGUUGGCAUUGUACUGAGUCAUUUGCAUUUAGCCGCUAUAUAUACUGGUUGUGUUGCAAUGCCAAACAUAAUAGCAGGCGAAAUAUUUCCUUUUAAAUAUAAAGGUAUCGGAGGAAUGAUCUCUCAGAUCAUAUUCUCAACAAAUCUCUCCAUAACUUUAAAAGUGCUACCAUAUUUAUUUUCAUCUAUAGGACUGCCAGGUACUUAUGGUGUUUUAGUGUUACUGCUCAGUUACAGUUUAACAGUUUCCAUUAUCACACUACCAGAAACUAAAGAUAAAACUCUCCAAGAUAUCGAAGAUAUAUUUAGAGGCAGCAAUAAUAGUAUUGAUCAGAAAAUGGAGUUAAACGAAUUAGUAUAGUAAAAAGUAAUAAUGUUUUAUAUUUAUUGAUUAACAUGUUUAAUUAAUGAUUA